AUGGUGAAAUAUACACACAGCGGGUACAAAACAUGGUUACCUGAUAUAAGAAGAAUAGUCACAGCCAGGGACAUUGUUUUUGAUGAACCAAUAGAAUACUGUAACGAACACGACCAGGAAGAAGAUACGCAGGUGACAUGGACCAAUGAAGAACAUAAGAACAAAGAGACAGAUUAUACGUCACACAUAGCAUGCGCAUCACCUUAUCUGAAAUUAUACUCCAGUUGGAAAUAUUAUGCAACACAAUUCAGAAUCAGCCAUCACAGUAAAUCACAUUGA